AAGAUGACAAAGAUGCUGAAGAAGAUGACGAAGAGGACGAGGGUGAUGGGGAGGACAGCGACGGUGAUGGCGACGAGGACAGCGACGGUGGUGGCGACGAGGACGGUGAAGAUGAUGGCACUGAUGAUGGCGCCGACAAGGGGUAAGGAGAUGGCAAAGGUGACGGUGAUUGUCACAAAGGACAUGGCGAAGAAGACCACGAAGAAGACCGAGAAGAUGGCAAAGAUGUCGAAGAUGAUGGCGCCAAUGAUGGCGAAGACGACGGUGACGGUCACAAAGGACAUGGCGAAGAAGACCGUGAACAUGGUGAAGAUGGCAAAGAUGGAAGAGAUGGAGAAGAUGGUGAAGAUGGUGAAGAUGGGGAAUAAGAUGGCUAUGAAGAUGGGUACGAAGAUGGGUCCGAUAUCGAAAGGUCCCCUGAGCGAUGGGUUGUCUUGGCACUUCUCGGACUGCCGGUCUUGGUGAAAAAAUCAAAGGAAAAUCUUGGG